AAAUUCUCAAUGGUUUUGCAUUCCUCUUCACUUGCAAGUUCAUUAUUUCAUCAUCACUGAUUCUAUCCUCACACAACAAAAAACAAGUGAAAGAUACAUAUUGUAAUUUAAUUUCUAACUAUAUAAAGGUUUUAAUUUGUUGACCUUCCUUAGCUUUAACCUUUAAGGUGGGUAACAUGGAGCCCAAUUCAUCAGAGAAUGCAUCCUCAAAUAUCAUCAGUAAUGGCAUCAAGAACAACAAAAUGAUACAUGAAAAUCAUCUAUAUAGAACUUCCUACCAUUUUCAGCCCCAACAAAAUUGGAUGAACGAUCCAAAUGGACCAAUGUACUACAAAGGAGUUUACCAUUUGUUUUACCAAUAUAACCCUGAUGGAGCAACCUUUGGUAAGAAAAUGGUAUGGGGUCACUCAGUAUCCUAUGAUCUAAUCAAUUGGAUUCACCUCAAUCAUCCUUCUCUUCAACCAUCUCAUCACUAUGACAUUCAUGGCUGCUUCUCUGGCUCAACCACAAUAAUCCCCUCCAAUAAUCAACCCUUUAUUUUCUACACAGGAUUUGAUGAAACAAAACACCAAGUUCAAAACUUAGCUAUGCCAAAAAAUCCACAAGACCCUUUUCUAAGGGAGUGGAUCAAACACCCUCAAAACCCUAUAAUCACUGCCCCAAUUGGAUUAGUUGAACAAGAAAAUUUUAGAGACCCAACAACAGCUUGGAAGGGUAGUGAUGGAAAAUGGAGGGUCAUAGUUGGUGCUAGAAAUGGUGAUAUUGGGAAGGCAAUUUUAUAUCAUAGUGAUGAUUUUGUUAAUUGGAAAUUAAGCCCUAAUAAUCAUGAAUUCUAUGUAAUUGAUGGCAUUGGAAUGUGUGAGUGCCCUGAUUUUUUUCCAGUUUUAAUUGAUGGUACAAAACAUGGGGUUGAUUUAGAUUAUUCUUCAGUUCAAGAUUCUAAUGAUGUUAUUAGGCAUGUGUUGAAGAUAAGUUACCAAAAUAAACAGCAAGAAUAUUAUUUGGUAGGUAAGUAUGUUUGUGAUGAGGACAAGUUUGUUGCUGAGAAUAAAAUUACAGGGACUAGUUUGGACUUGAAAUUGGACCAUGGUGAAUUUUAUGCUUCAAAGUCAUUCUUUGACUAUGCCAAGAAGAGAAGGGUAUUAUGGGGAUGGGUUAAAGAGCUUGAUACAGAACAAGAUGAUAUUCUUAAAGGAUGGGCUGGUCUACAGGCUAUUCCAAGGCAAGUGUGGCUUCAUGAAAAUGGGAAGUGGCUGAUGCAGUGGCCAAUAGAAAAGUUAGAGACACUUAGAGACUCCGACAAUCAAGUUAGUAUUUUCGCACACAAACUUGUUUUUGGAUCAACUCUUCAAGUCUCAGGUAUCACUGCAUCACAGGCUGAUGUAGAAGUAGUGUUUGAACUACCUGAACUGGAAAGUGCUGAGUGGUUAGAUUCCAAAGAAGUUGAUCCCCAAAUAGUGUGUAGUGAUAAAGAAUAUGCAUCAAGAAGUGGCAUAAUAGGCCCAUUUGGUUUGUUGGCUUUAGCUUCAAAGGAUCUUACAGAGCAAACUGCAAUUUUCUUCACAAUCUUUAGAACUCCCAAUGGAUUUUCAUGUCUCAUGUGCACUGAUCUUACCAGGUCUUCAUUGAGGCAAGACGUUCAUAAAACCACAUAUGCAACUAUCUUUGCCAUAGAUUCCAAUCUCAAAGCAAUUUCACUUAGAACCUUGAUUGAUGGGUCGAUUAUAGAGAGUUUUGGAGAGAAAGGAAGAGUUUGUAUCACAAACAGAGUUUAUCCCUUGUUGGCUACUGAAAAAGAUGCUCAUCUUUAUGUCUUUAACAAUGGAAAACAGAAUGUUUGCAUCUCAAAACUAAAUGCUUGGAGCAUGAAGCGAGCAAAGUUUGUUCAACAGUGAAAGUGAUUGUUUGAAAUUGUUUGAACUUUGAAGCAAUAUUGCUAAGAAUAAUUUGGAGAAUGAUACACCAUUUUACAUAGAUAUAUUGUAUAAAGCUGUUUAAUUUAA